AUGGCUGAAAAUUGGGAGUGUCAUUACGCUAGCUCGAUCCUAGGAUGGCUGAGGAACCCGCCAAGUGGCGCUUCAACCUUCCCCGGUGGCCAAUACUUCUACCAGUCUCAGCUCGCUCAUUUACAUCUCUUUCCACCUCCCAUCAAGCUCUCCGCCUCCAACCAUCCAUCGCGAGUGGAUCGUGGGAUUGGCAUGGGCCACAAGAUAACUCAGGUGUGGAAGAAUGCACUCAAGGAUAUUGAGCUCUCUGUAUUAUGGCUGACCAAUCAGGAUCCUAUUCAAGGCUGGUACAAAGGGUGUGCCAGAAACAAUGAUCCGCAGCAACAGCCAACACCCACGUCCAGCAAGGGCAAAUGGCUCUGGCAGCCAACCCAUGACGGUCCCAAGCUGCAGCCGAUGACGGUACACAAACAGGGGUCACUAGAAGUCAAGUGUGAGCGGGUGUUCUACGAGCGCAAGCAGGCAGGCGGGAAGCGGUCAAGGGGAUCGUUGGAUGGCUAG